GGCUUCCCCGCCAUUUUAAGAGCAAAGAACAAAGAGCGGACCAAUCGUCUUCUUGGGUUUAACCCCCCGCCUUCUUUGUUGCGUACGCCUCUUCCUAAGCGCCUCCCACUCCUUCUCCAUUUUGUACUGCAGUUUCUGGUGAGCUGCGUCAUUCGGUGAAGGAUUUGCAGAGGGGUAAGAGGUUUAUUUUUAAAUCAGUGAAACCAUGAGUGGCUGCAGAGUGUUUAUUGGCAGGCUCAACCCAGCUGCCAGGGAGAAAGAUGUCGAGCGCUUCUUCAAGGGUUACGGGCGUAUCCGCGAUAUCGACUUGAAAAGAGGCUUUGGAUUUGUGGAGUUUGAUGAUGCCAGAGAUGCAGAUGAUGCAGUCUAUGAGCUUGAUGGCAAAGAGCUGUGUAAUGAGAGAGUUACAAUUGAACAUGCUCGUCUUCGUUCUCGAGGGGGAGGAGGAGGAGGUGGUGGUGGUGGUCCAAGGGGAAUGGGCAGAGGAAGAUACAAUGACCGUUUCAGUAGUCGCCGACCCCGUGGAGAUAGAAGUGCUCCACCAAUAAGGACAGAGAAUCGCCUUAUAGUAGAAAAUCUGUCCUCAAGAGUCAGCUGGCAGGACUUGAAGGAUUUCAUGAGACAAGCUGGAGAAGUUACAUUUGCAGACGCACACCGACCAAAGCUUAAUGAAGGGGUUGUUGAAUUUGCAUCCUACAGUGAUUUAAAAAAUGCCAUUGAGAAGCUUUCUGGGAAGGAGAUUAAUGGCAGAAAAAUAAAGCUAAUUGAAGGAAAUAAAAGACACAGUCGGUCAAGGAGCAGAUCACGUUCCCGCAGCAGAAGUUCAUCCAGGUCCCGAAGCCGCUCCCGCUCCAGGAGCCGAAAGUCUUACAGCCGAUCCCGUAGCCGCAGUCGUACUCCCCGCAGCAACCGUAGCAAAUCCAGGUCUGUGAGUAGGUCACCUGUUCCUGAGAAGAGCCAGAAAUCAAGAAGCCCAUCCAAAUCACCCGCAUCAGUUGAUAGGCAGAAAUCUCGAUCCAGAUCUCGGUCUGCUGAUAGUAGAAACUGAACUUUAAAUACUUAAACCCCACUUUCCCUUUUUGAAAGACGUACUUGCUAACUUCUGUGGUAAGUUAUUUGUCAUGGAUUAAAGGCAGGAAUGGAUCUUACAUUUUUUUAACUCCUUCACCAAUCCAGUUGUGGACCAUCAACAAACAAGCUGCUGGGACAGUUUUGAUUAAACACAUUCUGCUUUAGUCCAAGUUGUAUAGUUUGUGUAACAAAAGCUUAGGGCCCUAUUUGUAAGAGCAAUUCAAGUUGGGGUGUGUAAAUUGUUGGCUGUAUAUAGGCAUUGUUUUUUUGUGUAACUUCCCCUAUCCUUCACUUCUCCCCUCAUUGUUCUGAGUUGUGAAUAUUACCAAUAAAACAAAUAAAACUCUGA